CUGCUAAUGGUCUCCUCUCGUUCCUGCCCUCACCCUCACCCUCUUCUCCUGCCUUUUCUGGAGGUUUCCACGUUCCAUGUGGCCCCAGGCUUCUGUGAUUUACCCCACACUGUGACAGACUGGAGGCGGGACAUUUGCUCUCAGGCUUUGAUUAGAGAGAACCGUUUCCUGCUUGGCUCACAUCUGAUGUUCCUUGAUUGUGCAAAAGUCGUUGACCUACAUAAUAGACUCUGCUUGCAACAGGCCAAGGAUGUACCUUUUCACCAGACCUCAACUGCCACAGUCAAUGUGCUAGUGACAGAUGUCAAUGACAACGCCCCAGUGUUUGAUCCCUAUCUGCCUCGAAAUCUGUCUGUGGUUGAAGAAGAAGCCAAUGCCUUUGUGGGUCAAGUAAGGGCAACAGACCCUGAUGCGGGAAUAAAUGGCCAGGUGCACUACAGUCUGGGCAACUUCAAUAAUCUCUUCCGCAUCACAUCCAACGGGAGCAUUUACACGGCAGUGAAGCUUAACAGAGAGGUCAGGGACUACUAUGAACUUGUUGUUGUGGCAACCGAUGGAGCAGUUCACCCACGUCACUCAACCCUCACACUGGCCAUCAAAGUUUUGGAUAUUGAUGACAACAGUCCAGUGUUCACCAACUCAACGUACACAGUCGUCGUGGAGGAGAACCUGCCGGCAGGAACCACCUUCCUUCAGAUAGAGGCCAAAGAUGUCGACCUGGGAGCAAAUGUGUCUUAUCGGAUAAGAAGCCCAGAAGUAAAGCACUUUUUUGCACUACAUCCGUUUACAGGAGAGCUCUCCCUCUUAAGGAGUUUGGACUAUGAGUCAUUUCCAGACCAGGAAGCCAGCAUCACUUUUCUCGUGGAGGCCUUUGAUAUUUAUGGAACAAUGCCACCAGGCAUCGCUACUGUCACAGUCAUAGUGAAGGAUAUGAAUGAUUAUCCUCCAGUAUUUAGUAAACGAAUCUACAAAGGAAUGGUGGCUCCAGAUGCUGUUAAGGGCACACCUAUCACCACCGUUUACGCUGAAGACGCAGACCCUCCUGGAUUACCUGCAAGUCGUGUAAGGUACAGAGUAGAUGAUGUCCAGUUUCCUUAUCCUGCUAGUAUUUUUGAUGUAGAAGAAGAUUCUGGAAGAGUGGUAACUCGGGUCAAUCUUAAUGAAGAACCUACGACAAUUUUUAAGUUGGUGGUUGUGGCUUUUGAUGACGGUGAGCCUGUGAUGUCCAGUAGCGCCACAGUGAAAAUUCUCGUCUUGCAUCCUGGAGAGAUUCCACGCUUCACACAAGAGGAAUACAGACCCCCUCCGGUGAGUGAACUUGCUACCAGAGGCACAACGGUUGGUGUGAUUUCUGCAGCGGCCAUCAAUCAGAGCAUCGUGUACUCUAUUGUUGCAGGAAAUGAAGAAGGUAUGUUUGGGAUCCACAACAUCACGGGUGUUAUCUAUGUCAAUGCCCCCCUUGAUUAUGAGAUGAGAACAAGCUAUGUGCUUCGAGUGCAGGCUGAUUCUCUGGAGGUGGUCCUCGCCAAUCUCCGAGUUCCUUCAAAAAGCAAUACGGCUAAAGUGUAUAUUGAGAUUCAGGAUGAAAAUGAUCAUCCCCCAGUGUUUCAGAAAAAAUUCUACAUUGGAGGUGUGUCUGAAGAUGCAAGAAUGUUUACCUCUGUGCUCAGAGUUAAGGCUACUGACAAAGAUACUGGCAAUUAUAGUGCCAUGGCGUACCGACUGAUCAUUCCGCCAAUUAAAGAGGGAAAGGAAGGAUUUGUGGUAGAAACGUAUACAGGGCUCAUCAAAACCGCUAUGCUCUUCCACAACAUGAGAAGGUCCUACUUCAAAUUCCAAGUCAUUGCGACUGACAACUAUGGGCAGGGACUAAGUGGCAAAGCAGAUGUGCUGGUCUCUGUGGUCAAUCAGCUGGACAUGCAGGUCAUCGUUUCCAAUGUGCCCCCGACCCUGGUGGAGAAAAAGAUAGAAGAUCUUACAGAGAUUUUGGAUCGGUAUGUUCAGGAGCAGAUUCCUGGUGCCAAAGUGGUGGUGGAGUCCAUCGGUGCUCGCAGGCACGGGGAUGCCUUUUCACUGGAAGAUUACACCAAAUGUGACCUGACCGUCUAUGCAAUCGACCCCCAAACCAACAGAGCCAUCGACAGAAAUGAGCUUUUUAAAUUUUUGGACGGCAAGCUGCUUGACAUCAAUAAAGACUUUCAGCCUUAUUACGGGGAAGGAGGACGUAUUCUGGAGAUCCGAACUCCGGAGGCAGUGACCAGCAUUAAAAAGCGAGGAGAAAGCCUAGGCUACACAGAGGGGGCCCUGCUGGCACUCGCCUUCAUCAUCAUCCUCUGCUGCAUCCCUGCCAUCUUGGUAGUUCUGGUCAGCUACAGACAAUUUAAAGUACGCCAAGCCGAGUGCACCAAGACUGCACGAAUCCAGUCCGCGUUACCUGCGGCCAAGCCUGCUGCGCCUGCUCCAGCACCUGUAGCCGUGCCCCCGCCACCCCCACCGCCUCCCGGGGCACACCUGUAUGAGGAGCUGGGAGACAGCACCAUUUGGAAUUUUUGUUGGCAGCUGGUCAUUUGCAUGAGAAGUUGUGCUAUUUGGCGGACUCUGAAAAGGAGAGGGUAUGCAUCAGAGCAACAGCAACUGCUGAGGCCUUCUCUUCUUAAACCAGAGGAGUUAUCCAUGGAGUCUGGAAUUGAUCCUGGCCAGGAAUUUGGACAAGAUUAUUACAGUUAUGAACAUGGGUAUGAGAUGCCUCAAUAUGGAAGCCGUCGCCGUCUGUUACCGCCCACUGGACCAGAGGAGUACGGUGAGGUGGUUGGUGAAGCAGAGGAGGAAUAUGAGGAAGAAGAGUGGGCGAGGAGACGGAUGAUCAAGCUGGUCGUGGACCGCGAGUGCGAGGCCAGCUCCACCGGAGAAGACAGCGCCCCCGAGUGUCAGAGGAAGCGGGCGCACCCUCGCGGCCCGCACAGCAACGUCAACGGCAACAUCUACGUUGCACAGAACGGCUCCGUGGUGCGAACCCGCCGGGCCUGCCUCGCUGAUACCUUAAAAGCCGCUUCCCCUGUGCGCCUGGGGAGGCACUUUAAGAAACUCGACAAGCUGGCAGUGACACAGGAGGAGAAUGUCCCCCUGAACACGUUGUCCAAGGGGCCCUUUUCCACGGAGAAGAGGAACACAAGGCCCACCCUGGUCACGUUCGCCCCUUGCCCCGUGGGGACCGACGGCUCUGCAGGGCGGCCGCUGGGCCCCAGGCUGAAAAGCACAGCUGAACAGGACCCUCUGGAAGUCCACAGCGACCACACGCACUCCGACGACGAGGAGCUCUGGAUGGGCCCGUGGAAUAACUUGCAUAUACCAAUGACAAAACUGUGACCGGAGUUUUGUAAGGAGUUAUUUUCAUUUUUACUUCAGUUUUUAAUAAACUGCGCUUUUUAUGGUCACUGAGAAAACGACGUAUGGGAUUUAUAUCAUGCACACAAGCGAAAACUUUGGACAAUAUGCUUUAAACUUUAAAAAGAGACAAAUUUGCACUCACAUUUGUAUCGAUUACUUGUUCUUCCCGGAAAAUCUUUUUGGACUCUCAAUUCACUAAAUAACAUCUCAUAAAUUACACCUCAUUUCAACGUACCAUUUAGCCGUUUUGCUGGGUCUUGGUUUUUUUCUUCAUUUUAAUAAAUAAUUUACUAAGUAA